AUGCCUUUUCUGUGGACCAAGAAUUUCGGCGGCAAGCACGCUGGCGGUGGUGUCACCGUUGACCGCCACGGUGUCCGACGCAACCCCUUUCGAUUCAGGUGCUGCGGCCUCAACUGCUUCAGAUAG